CUCACCACUUUCAGAGAGAAGCUGCUGGAGCUUUCUAAUAAGAGGACCUGCACGUUUCUCCUCCCUAUCUUCACCAGCGGUUUUCAGAACCAGAACUUCCUAACAAAUAAAUGAACAGCUCUUGCAAAUGAUGGCUGCAACUUCAGCUGAUUUACCAACCAUUGGUCCACACAAGGAAGAAUUUUGGAGUAACCAAACCAACCUGACCACAAAUGCCUCAGAAAGCCACAAUGAUGCCAGCUGUUCCUUGGAUGACAACAACUCGCUGUCACUUGCUUUGAUAGUUUUUUACUCCAUUAUUUUUGUCGUUGGAUUAGUUGGAAAUAUUAUAGCCCUGUUUGCUUUCCUGUGCAUUCAUCAGAAAAGGAAUUCUAUCCAAGUUUACUUGCUAAACGUUGCUGUUGCAGACCUUCUGCUGAUCUUCUGUCUCCCCUUCCGGAUACUCUAUCAUGCCACCAACCACUGGAUGUUCGGGAGGAUUUUUUGCAAGGUUGUGGGAACGCUGUUUUACAUGAACAUGUACAUUAGCAUAGUACUGUUAGGACUAAUUAGUCUGGAUCGUUAUAUAAAGAUAAAUAAGUCUGUGAAGCGUCCGAAGAUGUUGACCACUACCCGGAGUGUGCAGAUUUGUUGCACGGUGUGGGCGAUUGCACUGACAGGAUUUAUAGUCAUAGUUGCACCAUCUUUCUUUAAGAAUGAGGACAGCAACUCUACCAAGUGCUUUCAUUACCGAAGCAAACAGAAUGCAGAGAAGACAGAAGCAAUUUUAAAUUAUAUCACUGUACUGAUUUUUUGGAUAGUUUUUUUCCUUUUGAUACUUUCCUAUGUUAAAAUUGCCAAGAACCUUCUGAAAAUUUCGAGGAGAAGGGCAAAUUUUCCCAAUGCAGGAAAAUACACCAAGACAGCAAGAAACUCUUUCAUUGUUCUCAUAAUUUUCACCAUCUGUUUCGUACCUUAUCACAUGUUCAGGUUUGUCUACAUCACAUCACAGUUACAAACCCCAUCCUGUUACUGGAUGGAGAUCAUUCACACGUGCAAUGAGGUGAUGCUCAUCUUUUCAUCAUUUAACAGCUGCCUAGACCCAGUCAUGUAUUUCCUAAUGUCCAGGAGUGUCCGUAAGACUGUAUUCCAACUGAUUUGCAGAAAACUUCACGGAGAGUCAAGCCUAAACCUGGAGAGCACCUCAGACAUAAAACUUGGCCAAUACGCUCAAGAGCGAUUAUCUACAACCACUCCUCACUCCAGCUACUCAAGGAAGAAGUCAAUGAUUUGAAUGUUUAAAUGAAUCUCUGUCCCUCCAGGUCACCAAUUUCAGAUCACAAAAUCCUCUACUCUACAGCUACUAAUUCUGCCUUUUUCCUCCUGUUAAGAAAAAUGAGAAGUCUUACUUCUGUUAGUGAAAACGAGAACUUACUUCUCAGAAGCAUUUUUUCACUCUUGUUUAUCCAAGAAAACAAAUUAGGAAGUUCUCAGACA